GCUGUAGUCGACGAUCUGGCGUAGUGCCUCGCCCUUGACACGGUGCGUCCGCCAGAAGUGCAGUUGUAUGCCGUCAUCCGGCCGGAUCCCGAUCCUGCACGAGACGCAGAGGAGGACGCGAUGCUCCUGGCUACUGGCGUCAGCCGCAGGCCAGCUCAGCAGACCGACCUGGCCGCCGGUGCGACCAUCGUCAGCCUCGUAGUGUAUCGCCAUCGCUAGAUGGUCCUUUAAUCACAGCUGGGCUGUCAGAUCGAAG